UUGAAGAAAAUAAAAAAUAAACAUAGACUUGAUAAUUACAAAGAGGAAUCUUUGAUAAUUACGCGAAUAUAUUUUUUCGAAAAUAAUGGAUAUGGGAGAAUAUUGUUAUAAUGAGAAAGAAGAGGUACAUAUUUCCAACGAUGGUUCAUUCAACUCAAAAUAUGGGAUCUUUCAGUGUAAUGGUAGAGGAAAAAUCAGUAGUUCUAGAUCAAAUCUCAGAAGAAAAAGGAGCUAAUGGAAGAAGAGAAUAUGAGGAGGAUAUAGGGUUCAUAGAUGGCUUUGAACAGUUUAUACAUAAAAAAGAAGUUUUUGAAAGAGAUGAAUUAAUAAUAAAAAAUGAAGAAAGUAAUUCAGAUUGCUUAGUUACUGAAGUCGGUGCAAGUCAAUUAUUAUCUGCCUCUUUUACAGAAGAAUUGCCUCUUUCAUUGGAAACACCGAUAAAUCACUUAAAAAGUGAUAAAAGUCACAGGGAUGAUUAUCGUGUAGGUAAAGAAAAUUAUCUUGAAAAAUAUAUGGUAGAUGGUUACGCUUUCAGUCAGAAAGAAUACAAUGAAGGACUUCUGCCUAGACAAAAACUUGAUCAUAUAGAAUCUGUUCACUUGAAUACUGAGCAUUAUCAGUGUGUCUAUUGUGAUUAUUCCUCAAAUAGAAAAGGUAACCUUCAACAUCAUGUGGACUAUUUCCAUAUCAGGAAACACAAGUGUCAAGUGUGUGGUUAUGCUUCGAAUAUGAAAAGUAGAGUAAAUAUGCACAUAAAAUCUGUUCAUUUGAAAUUAAAAGAUCACAAGUGUCACUUAUGUGAAUAUGCUGCAACUAAGAAGAAAGAUCUUGAUGUACACAUAAAUUUUGUUCAUUUGGAAAGUAAGGAACACAAGUGCGAGCUAUGUGAAUAUGUCGCAAGUAGAAAAGAUCACCUACAAAAGCAUGUCAAUGCAGUCCAUUUAAAUAUCAAGAAACACAAGUGUCACUUAUGCGAAUAUGCUGCGAAUGAAGAAAGAAUCCUCAAAGAUCACAUAUCAGCCGUUCACUUCAAAAUCAGAGAACAGAAAUGUGACUUAUGUGAGUAUGCAGCUAGUCGGAAAAGUCAACUUAAUUUGCACAUGAAAUCUGUUCAUUUGAAAAUUAAUGAGCACAAGUGCCAACUAUGCGAUUAUGCUGUGAGUCAGAAAAUUAGACUUGAUAUGCACAUGAAAUCAGUCCAUUUGAAAAUUAAGGAUGAAAAGUGUAAUUUUUGUGAGUAUGUUACAUGUAGAAAACAUGACUUGCGGAAGCAUGUAAACUUAGUUCAUCUAAAUAUCAAGAAACACAAGUGUCACUUAUGCGAAUAUGCAGCCAGCGAGAAAAAAAGCCUUGAAGAACACAUAACAGCCCUUCAUUUGAAAAUUAAGGAUCACAAAUGUCACUUAUGUGAGUAUGCUGCUAGUCGGAAAAGUCAACUUGAUAAGCACGUAAAAUCAGUUCAUUUGAAAAUCAAAGAUCACAAGUGCCACCUAUGUGAUUAUGCUGCGAGUCAAAAAAUUAAAGUUAAGAUGCACAUAAAUUCAGUUCAUUUAAAGAUUAAAGAUCAUAAGUGUCAUCUAUGUGAUUAUGUUACAUGUAGAAAAUUUGACCUGCAGAAGCAUAUUGACUCUGUACAUUUGAAUAUCAAAAAACACAAUUAACAUCCAUCGUUAUAAAUAAAAAAAAAAUUGAUAUCCUGUAGAUUCUGUAAAAUAUAUGUGUAGAAGUUUUGGAUUA